CUUAUGGGUAAAUCUCGACCUAGAUACAAUGAAAAGGCAAGAGCUUCUUCAUUGAAACCUAAUCAACGCUCUCAUCCAAAAGCAAGAAAUGGUGGACUUGGUAAUCAAGAUGGUAUAGCUGAUGCAAGCGUACUCACAAAAAAACCUACUGCUCAGGUGGAUACCAAUGCAGAGAUUAUUGUACCAGGUGAAACAAAGGAUAAAGUGGAAAAACCGGCAUUCAAACAGCCAACUAAAUACAUGUCGAAGAAAAAGAGAAAAAAGUUGGAAAAAUAUAUUGACCAAAAACUGAAAAAGGAUGCUCGUGCUGGACUAAUGGAACAACUCUCAACAUCUUCAUGGUCUUCUGAUUUACUCAAAUCAUCAAAACUGAUUGGACGACCUGCACAAACACUUCGUGAACAAUUGAAACAAGCAAUGCUUGAAAAAAAGGCAGGAAUUCAAGGUUCUGACGAUGAUAAUGAUGACUUGCGACUUUACGUUGAAAAGGAUGUACAGGAUGCUGAAUUUGAUGUUACACCUUAUCAACAACCUAAUUUGGAUGUAUCUACAGCGACAGAACCUGUUUCUAAUGAAUCAUCUGCUAUUGUCGGUAGUGCUUUGAAAAAUGGAACAGCAGCACCUUUAGUGAUGAAGAAACGAAAGAAGAAGAAGUCUACCAUUCCAAAACAUGUCCGAAAACGAUUCAAACAAAGAAAAGGAAACGACUCGGAUGACUCCUUUGAUAGCUCUGAUUCCGCUAAUGACACUGAUUCGGAAAAGGAAGAUACGGAUGAUAAGCCAAAAGCAAGACCCUUAGUGGAAGAAUUUGUAGUAAAUGGACCUAGUCAAUUGGAACAAGUCGUGGAAGCAGCCAAACAUAUUACUAUUCCUGUACCCAAGCAUAUCGAGGAAGAAGAUGAAGUCAAGUUACAACUUUUGAAAAGCAAUACUGAAGGUGACCUUAGCAAGGACAUGGCUAAGCAUUUUUCUGUUACUGUAAACCGAACACCUGAAAUUCAAGCUGUACGAUCAAAACUACCUGUGUGUGGCGAAGAACAGGUGAUUAUGGAAGCUAUUCGGAAUAAUACUGUAGUUAUCAUUUGUGGUGAAACUGGUUCUGGUAAAACAACUCAGGUGCCUCAAUUCUUAUAUGAAGCUGGUUGGUCCCAUCCUGAAUCUGAUAAUCCUGGUCUUAUCGGGGUUACACAACCUAGGCGUGUUGCUACUGUUAGUAUGGCUAAGCGUGUUGGGGAAGAACUGAAUUUAUCUGAACAGGAAGUGUCAUAUCAGAUCCGUUAUGAUGCUACUGUAUCGGACAAGACACGUAUUAAGUUUAUGACUGAUGGUGUUCUAUUGCGGGAACUCUCUGAAGAUUUACUAUUAACUAAAUAUUCCACUUUGAUCAUUGAUGAAGCACACGAACGAAAUUUGAACACUGAUAUUUUGAUUGGGGUUGUUAGUCGAGUAUUAAAACUACGGGCAGAACUCAGUAAAGAAGAUCGACAAAAAAUCAAGCCAUUACGAGUGGUAAUUAUGUCUGCUACUCUUCGUGUAUCUGAUUUUACAGAAAAUAAAGCUCUUUUUGCUGUGCCUCCACCUGUGAUCAAUGUCAAUGCAAGACAAUUUCCGGUAAAUAUUCAUUUCAACCGUCGUACCCCUGAAGAUCAUGUAGCGGAAGCUUUCAAGAAGGUUUGCAAGAUUCAUGAACGAUUACCUCAUGGCGGUAUACUUAUCUUCUUAACUGGUCAGAACGAAAUCACUCAGUUAUGCAAACGUCUCCGAAAAAAAUACCCUGCUUUACCACCCAAAUCAUCGAAGUCUGCCAAAAUCGAGGAGGAACGCUCAAUUGCAUUGGAAUCCAAGUCAAUCAAAGCCCAAGCUGGAAAAGCUGAUUUGGAGGAUGAAGAUGUUGAACUUGGUGAAAAUCAAAUUGAAGAAGACUUUGAAUUGGAAUCUGACUCAGAGGAAGAUGAUGAUAGCGAUCUUGGAUUUGAUGAAGACGAACUCGAUGAUGUCAAGGAUGCACCACUACACGUAUUACCCUUAUAUUCCAUGUUGCCAACUGAAGCUCAACUUCGAGUAUUCCAACCUCCCCCUGAAGGAACAAGAUUAUGUGUGGUAGCUACCAAUGUUGCGGAAACUUCAGUCACUAUUCCUGGUAUUCGUUAUGUUGUAGAUGGGGGAAAAGCAAAAGAGCGUCAAUACAAUCUCCAAACUGGUGUACAAUCAUUUCAAGUAGAUUGGACUUCCAAGGCAGCAGCAAAUCAGCGUGCUGGUCGUGCCGGUCGAACUGGUCCAGGUCAUUGUUAUCGCCUUUAUUCUUCUGCCGUUUUUGAUCAUGAUUUUAAUCAAUUCUCGAAACCAGAAAUUGAACGAAUGCCAAUUGAAGGUGUGGUUUUGAAUAUGAAAGCGAUGAAUAUUGACAAUGUGAUCAAUUUCCCAUUCCCAACGCCUCCUCCAAAAGAAAAUCUUUUCAAGGCAGAAAAGAUUUUGAGUUACCUUGGUGCUGUUGAUACUAUGACUAAACGUAUUACUGAAUUUGGUGAUACAAUGUCUAUGUUUCCUAUCACUCCUCGAUUUGCAAAGAUGCUUAUCACUGGUCAACAGCAUGAUUGUUUACCAUAUGUGAUUGCUAUUGUAUCGGCUUUAUCUGUAGGCGAUCCUUUUAUUCAAGAUUAUCAUUUGGAUGAAACACAACCUGAUGAAGAAGAUAAGGAUGAAGACAGUGACGACGAUCUAGAACAACAAGAGAUGGCUCACCUUCGAAAUCAAACCACUAUUGAUAAACAAAAACGGAAACUUACUCGAAAGAAGUACUAUGAAUCUCAAGCAAAACAUGCAGGAUUAGACCCAAAAAGUGAUAUAUUAAAGUUACUCAACGUGGUGGGCGCGUAUGAAUAUGCGGGAGCAACUACAAAGUUCUGUGAUGAUAACUUUUUACGGCCUAGAGCAAUGGAAGACAUUCGAAAACUACGACGACAACUUACAAAUAUGGUGGCAUCAAAUUUCCCCAAUAUCAAUAUAUGUGUUGAUCCUCAAAUGAAACCCCCAAGCAAAUUACAACUCAAGGUCCUUCGACAGGUGAUUACUGCAGGAUUAGUGGAUUGUGUGGCUAUGCGACAAGAUGUUUUGGAUACUGAUGGUGGAAAGGGAUUGACAUUCAAGAAUGCAAACAAUGUACCUUACAAGUUAAUGUGGUCAAAUGAAAUAGCAUAUAUACAUCCAAAUUCUGUUUUAUAUGGUCAACCUCCUCCUCCUGUUCUGGUAUAUAGUGAACUAUUCAAUGGCUCAAGGAAUUGGUUGAAAGGUGUGACCGCAGUGGAACCAAAAUGGUUAGCUAAGAUUGGGAAAUCAUUAUGUACAUUUGGGCGACCAUUAGACUAUCCUCUUCCAAAGUAAGUGAGAAAAAGAAUAUAUAUAUAUUUAUUAUUUAUUUUUGAUGAUGGUUAAUAGGAUGAUGGAUGAAAGAGGUAAUCGCCGACUGUGUCAUGUUGUACCUAGCUUUGGACCAAAAGGAUGGCCACUCCCACCAAUUGAAGUUGAACAAAGAAGAGAAGGCACAAGAUGGGUGACUAGUAUGUAGUUUAGUUUUAGUUUUAGAUUUUUUAUAAUUUUGGUUUUAUAGUUUGUGCAUUGUUUUGUUAUUAUUUAUUAUUUAUUAUCAUUUCAUUUCAUUUGUUAUAUUAUAUAUAUAUAUACAAUAAACUUGUAGCAUUCAUGAAGUA